UGUUUGUUUUCAGAGCUGUACAUCUGUGGCGCGGCCCUGGGCGGGGCCGCGCACCUCUGAUGCGCACAAAGAGGGUGUUACCCGGAUGUGCGGCCGCUGCAGACAUUUCUGCGGCUCCUCCCUGCGCCUUUCCCCGCCGUAUAGGAUCUCUGACUGGCGCGAAAAACGCACAGUGUGGCUCUUUAUUGUGAGGGCGGGAGGAGGGGAUCUGCUGUCUGUGCGUCUGAGCCGCYGGUUAUUUAUCUUUCUUUUAUUUUUAUUUAAGUUACGGGUUUAUUGUUCAACCGAACCUGCCUCUACAUCUCUCCCGCUGGAACAGAGGGUUUUUUUUGGUCAGCUUCAGGAGGAUUUUCAUGUUUAAAUUCUGCAGAGAUCCGGACCUCCGUUCCUGGGAUUAAAGUGGAUUUGCUCAGCCUGAACAUGGAGUUUGACUGUUUCCAGCCUUAUUUCUUCGACCACUUCGACGCGGAGGAGGAUUUUUACAAGUCAACUGCGCCCAGCGAGGACAUAUGGAAAAAGUUUGAGCUGCUGCCCACCCCUCCCAUGUCCCCCCACCGGACMCUGAGCGGGGCGGCUCUCUACCUCUCGCCCGGGGACCAGCUCAGCUGGCUGACCAAGGUGCUGGGUCAGGACGAGGACUACGAGGGACGCUUCCUCCCGGACACCGAGGAGCUGCUGGACAACCUGAGCGCGCACAUCAUCCGGGACUGCAUGUGGAGCAGUUUCCCCGGCAGCAAGCCGCCGGAGAAGGUCGGCGGGARGCCGUGCGCCACCCCGGCGCCGGUCAGACCGAGCAAAGCGCAGUGCGCCUCGCCGGGGGGUCUCCCCUCCGCGCCGCCGGACUGCRUCGACCCCGCGGCGGUCCUCACCUUCCCCGCGAGCAGCUGCAGGAAGCCGGCGUCGUCUGGCUCCGAGUCCCGCUCCGAUUCCUCUGACGACGACGACGAGGAGGAGGAAAUCGACGUCGUCACCGUGGAGAGCAAGCAGAAGCGAGCUCGGCCCUUCAGCGUCAGGAAGCCCGUCACCGUCACGGUGCGCGCCGACCCCUGCCCCAAACGCUUCCAYGUGUCCGUCCACCGGCAGCAGCACAACUACGCCGCCCGCUCCCCGGACAGCGACCCGGAACCCGAGGAGGAGGAGGAGGACGACGACGACGACUACGAGGAAGAGCCCCGGGGCAAACGCGCCUGCCCGGCGUCCCCCUCGGACACCACGCCGCAGAGCUCGGACGUGGAGGACACGGACCGCCGCAAGAACCACAACUUCCUGGAGCGGAAGAGGCGGAACGAUCUCAGGUCUCGCUUCCUCGCCCUGCGCGACCAGAUCCCCAGCCUGGAGGCGGCCAAGGCCCCCAAGGUGGCCAUCCUGACCCGGGCCACGGAGUACCUCAUGGAGCUGCACACCAAGGAGAGGCGGAACCUCCAGGAGAAGAAGCGCCUCAGGUCCCGGCAGCAGCAGCUCCUCCGCAGAUUAUCAGAACUCAAACGCUCGUGAGAGCGCCGCCCGGAAACAUCAAGGACCGUUCCUCUCACYUGACCCGUCACUUUGGAAAGCUAUCCGUUUUAAAUAGCGACAUGCCUCAUGUACAUAGCUGUGAAUUGUAGUUCUGGAUGAUCCUAUGGCUGUGGGCCUUAACUCCACUGUCACCCUGGGAGCCUGGUAGGGGGCGGAGCCUCAGUUGGAUCUCAGUGCUGUUUUUUUUUUUUUAUUCUUUGCACAUUUUUUUAUUUUUAGUUGUAAACACGGGGACAGAUAAUUUUUUUGUUUUGUUUUGUUUUAUUAGCUGGUAUGCUGCGAUGCAAAAUUUUUACUUGUGUAGCCGUCUGGAUGAGUGGACAUCUUUGUUUUUAUAACGCGUGAAUGCCUUUCUGCCUGCCAGAGUUCUGGAGAGCAUCCAGUUUGUUUUGAUGUACAUAUUGUUUUGUAAAUAAUAGCUUAUUCCUCCUGUUAAUGAUAGAACCGGGAGUGGUUUCUUGUUUGGAAAAUUUGCUCCUCUGUGCCACAAAAACCUCUAUUUUGAUAAGAAACAAUGAAAAAAAGAAAAAAGUUGCACUGCUGUACUUUAUAUUUCACAUGUCACUUUGUGAUUUCAAUGCUUCUCUGGUUUUGAUUUUUUUUAGCACGAACUCAACAGCAUAAUUAAAAAUUUUAUACCAUAUUUGCAUAA